AUGGCCAGCGAAAUUGCUGCUUUGGAAAAUGAGAUUAAGGAAUAUAAACUUCAGUUAGAAGCAGUCCAAUCCGGGUUACAGGCAGACCCCGACAGUGCAGAGCUUCGGGAUCUAAGGACCGAACUCGAAGAAGUCAUUUCCCUCACUGAAGCGUCGAUCGAAGAACUAAAGCCUUCUUCAGUGCCAAAUGCAUUACCAAAGAAACAAGAGCCAACCGUAAAGGAGAAGUGGUCUCGCGAAAACCAUCCAGCGUUCAAGAAGACCUCAUCGACUCCUGUUCCCGAAGAGGCCGAUACACCGACCAAGUUUGCGGUAAAUGAUACGGUGUUAGCAAAGUGGCAUUCCGGCGAUAAAGGAUUCUAUCCUGCGAGAAUCACCUCUAUUACUGGUUCUUCGACUGCGCCUGUAUAUAUCGUUAAAUUCAAGAGCUACGACACGACCGAAACACUGCGAGCCAAGGACAUCAAACCCAUUGUCAAUCCAAACAAGCGCAAAGCUGAUGGAACACCAGUCACAGCUCCUAUACCUCCGCCGCCUACGACCACGAACGUGAUCUCCGCUGCGGCAGACAUUAAUCCUGAACUCGCUCAGCAGACAAAGCGAGAACCAAGUAAGGUUAGUGACGGUCCUGUAAGACCCGCUAAGGUCCCAAAAAAGAUCAAGGCAAAUAAAGAAUUGGAAGCUGGCAAAAACAAGUGGCAGGAUUUUGCGGCCAAAGGGAAGUUCGGAAAGGCGGGGAAAAAGGACAGCAUGUUCCGCACACCAGAAGGUGUACAUGGUCGAGUUGGAUUUACAGGUUCGGGUCAAAGCAUGCGUAAGGACCAGACGAGAAGUCGUCACAUAUACCAACCAGGUGAUGAUGAGGAUAUUUGA